AUGGUGUUUGCACUCAAGGAUUUGGGAGAAAUGAGCUACUUCCUGGGCAUUGAAACUGUGAAAUUCAAUGAUAAUGACAUACUCCUAUGCCAAACCAAGUACAUCAAGGACCUCCUUACCAAAGCGAGAAUGUGCGAUGCCAAUGCCGUACCAACACCCAUGGUUUCCAAUCUCAAGCUAUCAGCUCAUGGUGAGGAUCUUCACCACAACCCAACGCUGUACAGAUCCAUAGUCGGUGGCCUCCAAUAUGCCACAAUCACCAGACCCAAAAUCACUUUUGUCGUGAACAAAGUCUCUCAGUUUAUGCACACCCCUUUGGAAAGCCACUGGAAAGCAGUUAAGCGUAUCCUACGAUACCUGGCAGGAACAAUAGACUAUGGCCUAAGGUUUCAAAGAACUAAUGAAUGUCGAAUCUAUGGCUUCAGUGAUUCAGAUUGGGGCAGUGACAUUGAUGACAGAAAAUCUACCAGUGAAUUUUGUGUCUUCCUAGGUCCAAACCUAGUCUCAUGGUCAAGAAGAAAACAAAAUGCAGUCUCAAGAAGCUCCAGAGAGACAGAGUAUCGAGGGCUGGCUGCAGGCUUGACUGAAAUUCUCUGGUUCUAA